AUGAAACUUAGUUGGGAAAUAUGCUAACUAUUAGCCGCCUGAAAAAUGCUGUGAUCAGGGAUUCUAAGACUGACAGAUGUGAGCUUUAUAUAGUUGUGGAGGAAUUAACCUCUGGCUAAUUGAAGGCCCUGGCAGGUGAACAAUAGGCCUAUUUCCCUGUUUACAAGUUGUAAGGUACCAGUAAACAGGACUUUCCAGAAAUCUCAGCCAGUCUAAACUGUCUUGUCAAAGUGGAAAAAAGUCAUAAAAGUAAGUCUGAUUCAGCUCUCUGGCAUUUAACAGGUUCCCAGGAAGGUAAAAGUUAUUCCGGCCUGCACUUACUCAAAGACUUUGUUAUUGUUGGCUUGUUGAGUUUCUAUGACAUCUUCUGGUUGACUGUCAGGGUGGGAGGGCUGAGUAUGUUGAGUCUGUUUUGGUGGUAGUGUCACUGAUAUGCUCCAACAUAUUUUCCUUAUUUUAUGUGUUUAUGUUGGUUGUGCAUGUGUAAUUGUUUUUAACUUGUCGGACUAACUUCAUUUUCCUGGUAGCAGGAAAUACACUACAGACAGUUUUUCCGCACUUCCUUGAACGCAGCACGGGAGUAGACCCAAUGGACGUGCUAUCAGCACGGCCAGUCUGUGAAGCACGCGGACCGGUGGUUAACGCGAGUCUGGAUGCGGCGUAUGUGCAGUAAUGGAAACGAUGAAGUACUACUGUUGUGUUACUCUGUUUGGUGACAAAAACAGAUGAGAGGACUACUUUGCGUUUGUGGAGUUAAACAGCAAUGAGUGAAACGGUAACGAGGAGGAGAAAAGGGCCCAGGCUGACGAACUUCAAGAGCAGAUGGAGUGAGCAGCCUAAAGGUCACCUCAUCUCUGAUGUCGCUAGGAAACACACCCUCCCAUCAGGUGAAGAUGAAGGUGGACGACAAGGAGCCCUCAAGAGGAUUAGUGCCAUGUGGUCAUCCUUCCGCAGAGGCAAAGCAGAUAGAGUCAAAGACCCUGAAGCUUUAGAGCCACUGGGCCCUGAGGUGGCAGACAACUCAUCCAGGCAGCCCCGCUAUGUCAGUGGUCAGUACUUCUUUGAGUAUCUGGUGGUGGUCAGCCUCAAAAAGACCCAGGGUGGCAGCAGCUACGAACCUCAAAUCACCUACCAGUUUCCCAAGAGAGAUGGGAUGGCGAGAUUUCAGAAGGAGGAGGAAGAGAAGACACUAAAGGCAAUCACUCUCUUUUGUUUCCCAGAGGGCAUCAACUGGGCCCCUUUGACUGAGUACCACAGCGAGACGUUCUCCUUUGUUCUGACUGAGAUUGAUGGCAGCAGGAGAAAUGGCUACUGCAGGAGGUUGCUGCCCGGAGGGAAAGGAGCCCGACCACCGGAGGCUUAUUGCAUCAUCAGCACCCUGGCUUGUUUCGGCCUCUUUUCUAAGAUAUUUGAUGAGGUGGAGAAGCGGCGGCAGAUCUCCAUGGCCAUGAUCUACCCAUUCAUGCAGAAGCUGAGGGAGGCUCCAUUCCCAGCUCCGGGAAACACUGUGGAGAUUAAGAGCUUCAUUCCAGAGUCGGGCACUGAGAUCAUCAGUCUGACCCGUCCGCUGGAUUCCUGGCUGGAACACGUAAACUUCGCCACGCUCUUCAGCUGCCUGACGGACAAGGAGGUGUUACUGGUGUUCGCCGCCGCCGUCCUGGAGAGACGGAUCAUUUUCAUUGCUGAUGAACUGGGUACAUUAUCCCAAGUCAUUCAUGCAGUAGCAGCCCUCCUGUACCCCUUCACCUGGCAGCACACCUUCAUCUCCAUUGUCCCAGAGAUCCUGAUUGAUGUCGUGAUGGCGCCCACGCCCUACCUGCUGGGGGUCCAGAAACGCCUGCUGGACCUGGUCACCGACCAGAGUGAUCUGCUGGUGGUCGACUUGUCUGAGGAUAAAAAGGAGACCUUCAUCGUCUCAAUUGGUGAUGAAAGCUCUAUUCUGCCUCCUAAGCUGCAAAGUGAAAUACUAGAGGCACUAAGUAACAGACAAAAAGCACCAUCUGUGGAGGACCUGAACCGGGUGGUGUCGGAGGCCUUCCUGCAUUUCUUUGUGAAAACAGUUGGCCAUUACGGCUCAUAUGUGAAACGCAGUAGCGAUGGAGGGCCGGGGAUGUUCGAAAAGAGAAGUUUCUACAAGGCCAUUGAGUCCAAGACCACUCGACACUUCGUCAAGAAGUUCAUCCAGACGCAGAUGUUUGAUCUGUUUAUCCAGGAGGUGGAGCAGCAGCAGCCUGGACCGCAGCAAGGAAUAUUUCACAAAAAGAUUCUAGAAUACCAAGAGAAGAAGAAAAAGGACAAGACAAGGAAACACUAGCUCGAAACAGUCGGACCCUGGGUGUAUAUAAAGGAGUACAUAGGAAAAGAUGUGAAUGUUGCACUGUGUGUUUUAGUUUUAAAGUUUGGUUUUAAUUAAAUGUGUACUAAUAUGUGAAUUACUGUACGCCUGUAUGUUGCUGCUACUCUGUGAAACACUGGCAGAAUGAGAGACUACAGUUCCACGUGUUGAUUCUCAGCCUGUGGCCACAGUCUGUCGCUGAUGAUGAGCAGGAAAAUCAUUUCAAAUAAAGACUACUUUUUUAACUCCACGUACCUUGGUUUCUAUCUGCAUAAUGCUGUCUUUCUUUCACUGUUACAUGUGACAAAAAACUAACUCCUUCCAGUCCAGUUGUCUGUUAGAAGAUGUAAACUGUGCGCUGCACUUGGAUUGUCCACAUAAAUCCCAGCUCAAACGCUAGAGGGACUGUUGUAGUGGGAAGUUUCCAGUGGAACUCCUGGUUCCAGGUAUGAAUCCCAGUCUGGGCCCUUUUGUGCAGAGUUCGCACAUUCUCCCUGUGCCUCCUGCUUCCUCCCACAAUCCCAAAAACAUGCACAUUAGGUUAACUGGCUACUCUAAAUUGCCCCCAGGUGUGAGCAUGUGCAUAUGUGGUUGUCUGUCUUUGUGUGUUGGCCCUGCGAUUGACUGGCGACCAGUCCAGGUCGUACCCCGCCUCUCACCUGUAGUCAGCUGGGAUAGGCUCCAGCUCCCCUGUCAACCUGACGGAUAAGCGGUAUAGAAAAUGGAUGGAGUGUUAUUUAAUCCAUCUAGAUUGUUUUAGUGAGUUACAGAGUUAUGGAGAGAUCAGCUGUUGAGAUGUCUGGCUUCUCUUGUAUAUAAUAUGGAACUUCCGAUUUUUUUGUUUGGGGGGGUGCAAGAGCCACACAUAUAUUUUAAAUAGUCAACAGCUUUGAUUUUAAUAGAGACUUGUAAUAUGUUGUUUUAUUAGAGAGAUUUGGAUUUUAUUUGUAUUAUUGUGAAGGUUUACAAAUAAUAUCUGUACAGAUGUGAAGCUCUGAUAAUAUAGAUCAACUGUGAAAGCUAUUUUAUUUCUUUCCUCUGUGUGUGAUGUUUUCGCUGUUAUGAUGCUGAUUUACGUGGAAAUUCAUGUUAAAAGAAAGCUGAACCCCGAACAGAAAUCACAGAUCACCUGUGUAGCAUUUAAUAAGCUAACCUGUCAUAAUAAAACAAUUAAUUAUUGUGUAUAAACUGAUAUACGGGUCUGAUAGAACGUUUUAAUGUCGGAAUCAGAUCAAAGUGUUGAGAUAUCCUGUAAAUUGUCCUGUGAAACCUUCAUUAAGAAAAAGCGAGUGGCUGAGACCGAGACGGCCUGUGCAAGUUGUGACUUUUUUCUUUUUUUUUGACUUAAGUAAUGCAGUACACGUACACAGUUGAACCUAAUGUCAUGCACUGAAUGAUUCAAUAAAUGAAUCUUUUGAUGAA